UUUAUAUUGACUCCGUUCGCUCCGUUCUGUGGAAAAUAAGUAUUCGGAAAAGAAAUAGCUAUCACUGCCAAACGUUGCCUGGAUCAUGAUAAUGGAUGACGUCGCAACGCUUAAAAACGAAAACGCAAACCUCCGGAAGAUUCAGUCACGACUGCUGCAGUGGGAACAGAAGGAUAACCCACUGGCCCCACUGAGCACCACCCAAAAUGAAUUUCUUAAUAGGCUGGCGGAUGCCACGACCGGGCCACCAUCAGGAGCGAAAGCGGUUCCGGAAGGCCAGGAAUUGAGUCUGGAAGGCAAAACGACUCUGAUGGAUUUCAAGAGUUCAAACAGCAUAAUCGAUUCCACGCAGGACUUCCUAUCGUGGUACAACUCGAUCGAUUCGGAAAUACUGGAACAUUACGACGACGUGUAUUUGGAUUACUAUGAGCAGUUGAAGCAGCGGUCGGCCGAAUGCGGCCGUUUACUGGAAGAGAUCGACGUUUCGUUGGAUUCGUUGACGAAGCUUACUGGCGAGUAUAAUUUCGUGUCGGAGAAGACGUCCUCAUUGCAUCGAGCGAGCGAGAACCUACUUCAGGAUCAGUCCAAGUUAAACGAAAUCGGUGAGGAGAUCAGACGGCGACUGAAGUAUUUCAGCCAAGCCGAGAGCAUCUACCAGCGGCUGCAGAAUCCGACGUUUUCGGUAUCGAACGAUACGUUCGUGGAGAUCCUGAACACGAUUGAUGAGUGCUUGGAGUAUAUGCGAGUUAAUCCGGGGUUCAGCGAGGCGUUUGCCUACGGGGUCAAGUAUAGGAACUGUUUGUCGAAGGCCACGCAGAUGAUGCGCAACUAUGUUGGAAACAUUUUGACGAAUGCUACGGCGCAGAUCAUGGGCCCGCAGCGAAAUGAAACAAUGGAGCAAGGUUUGGAGGCGGCGUUUGCUUUGUUUUACGGAAAGUUCCAGGCUUCGGCACCGCGGGUGAAAAGGAUUACCGCGAUGAUUGAAGGACGGCUGGAUCGGAGCGCAGAGUACGAGCAGCUGUUGUCGGCGUUACAUCAGCAAUUUUUGGCCAACAGGGCGACGAUUAUGAGCGGGGGUGUGGAGCAGGCAAUCCGGGAUCUCAGCAAAAAGCACAAGGGAGAUCACUGUGCGUUGGUGCGAUCGGCUUGCGCCUUUAUGGUACAUGUUUGUCAGGACGAACAUAGACUAUUCUUCCAGUUUUUCAUGAAUACCAGUCCACAACUGACGGCGUACAUGGAAGGGUUGUGCACAAUUUUGUAUGACACGUUGAGGCCCUUCAUUAUACGAAUCGAUCAUCUGGAGACGUUAGCGGAAAUUUGCAGCAUUCUUCGCGUUGAGAUGCUCGACGAACAUGUCAACUAUAACCCCGAAUCCUUGGAAGCGUUCGCGAAAAUAGUCUACCAAUUACUGCAGGACGUCCAGGAACGAAUAGGCUUCCGCGCUCAAAACUAUCUAGAGUCGGACAUCCUGAACUACCGACCGUCCGCCGGUGAUCUUGCCUAUCCGGAAAAGCUCGAAAUGAUGGAAAGCAUCGCCCUGUCGUUGCAGGAGAACUACCUCCGUCGAGCGGAUUCCCGUAGCUCCAUCGUUUCCAUGACCUCGCUGGCAUCCCAAGAGGUGGAAAGCAUUAACCAACAAGCCGAACAGGCAGCGAAAUCACGAGCCAGCAAUUCGCCGGCCGAUCUGCACGGCAUGUGGUAUCCAACGGUGCGCCGAACGCUGGUUUGUCUUUCAAGGCUCUACCGCUGUAUCGACCGGGCCAUCUUCCAGAGCUUAUCGCAACAGGCACUGGUUUACUGCAUCCAAAGCGUUUCGAAUGCUUCAGCGCAGAUCAGUCAGAAGAAAACCAGCAUCGAUGGGGAGCUGUUUGAAAUCAAGCAUCUGCUUAUACUGCGCGAGCAAAUUGCUCCCUUCAGGGUGGAUUUCACCGUCAAGGAAACCAGUUUAGAUUUCAGUAAGGUCAAAACGGCUGCCUUUGAACUGUUGCAAAAGAGAAAACAGUUAUUUGCUUUGGGAUCGAACAAUGCUUUACUGGAGUUUCUGCUGGAUGGAACUCCUCAAGUCAAGGAACAACUGUUGGACUCCCGUAAGGACGUCGAUCGCCAGCUGAAAACCGUAUGUGAACUGUUCAUCAAGGAUGCUACUCGGCAACUGGUUGGACCGAUCCUAAACUUUAUCGAGACCGCCCAAAACCAUUUGAAACAAAGCACAGCCUCCGGAUCCAAUCAACCAGGACCAGGCGCAAAGCAGCAACAGCAAGGUCUUGCCCUCCGGAUGGCAGCUUUUGCCGCUCCGCAACAGAUCAGCUCCAUCAUACAGGAAAGUCUUCGAAACAUCAAAACCAAAUUGGGAGCCUUGCAACGGUCGAUGCAGCUGUAUUUGGCUAACAAGGACACGGAAUUCAUUCUGUUCCGCCCGAUCCGGAACAACAUAAUAGGAUCGUUUGUGAAGCUGGAACAGCUACUGACCACCAAUUCGUACAGCAAAGACGACCUGACGGUCGUCAGUUGCCCCUCGGCGGAGCAGAUAUCCGUGCUGUUGUCGAGUGUUAAUUUGAGUGGCGGCAUUGGUGGGGAACCGUUCGGCGGCAUUCAACGCAAGAUAAGUGCCUCUUCUAUGGGAGGAAGUAGCGCGAACAGCGUUGCUGCAAAGCCGCAAAUUGAGAAGAAGGUAAGCUUCGAUAGCGGUGCCAAUACGGUGGUUCAGAUCGAACCGAGUGCCGAGGAGGUCGAGGUGAGUACGGAAGGAGCUAGUCGUAGUGAUGCACUUGAAGGUAAGAUUGAGAACGAGUGAAGCAUAUUUAUUAGAAUUUAUUCCUUUUGUUAAUUGUUAUCUAGAGAGUAUAAAACAUUGAAUAUAUUAAUCUAUGCAAUAG